GUAAGGUUGCACCGAAAAGAAGGUGCAGAACGUCGUUUCCUCGUUUUGUUUCUGCAAUCUCUGCGACGGGGGAAGGCCUUUUAGCAGUCUCUCUCUCUAUUUCCCUCACCUUUAUCCUGUUAGCGACCGAUCGAAAGGUAGUUGGUGAUCAUCUCCUCCCUGAUUUUUGAUUAGAUGUUCUUCCAUGGUUUAAGGGUUUAAGGAAUCAGAGCGGAAGCAAUAGAAAUUGUGCAAUUUGAUGCUUAUUUUGGAGUGGCUUAUAUUGGGACUUCUUGCAAUUUUAUAUGAUAUUCUGUCUUUCUGCGCGGUGGAGAAUGUGAGAUUCGCACUGGAUUUCUCUUCUUUUGACGGUUGGUAACAAACCAGUGAUUCUAUAUUUGCUUCCCAGCUUUGGAUUUAGUUUUAAGGAUCGGCUUCUGGGGAAUUUGGUACGCGGUAUAUUGCUCGAUUAUGAGUUCUCCUUUAACCUUGUAUCAACUGUAGAUGCUUCUACAAUAGUGGGAGAAACAGCUUCAUAUUAGUUUCUAAAGCCAAGGGCUUAGUUAUUUCCCCUUCUAAUAUAUUUUAGUGGCGGCUCUUAUGUGGCGCAUCUUGAGCGGGCCGGUGGUCAAUGAAAAGAUACCUAGAUAGGCGCAGUAUACUGGUAAACGCAAGCUAGCAAUCCAUUCCUCCAAAUUGGGUACAUUUAGCUGAGCAUUUUGGUUAGGUUGCUGAGCCAGAGCCAUUUAAGAGAGCACAAUGGUUGAAGCUUUUCUGUAUUUGGGCUAGAGGGUUUGAGUCUCUGACUAUGCUGCGUUGGUUGAAAUAAUGAAGACAUUCACAAUUGAGUUUCAAGACAUUGCUUAAUGAACAUGGGCUUGCAUUACUGAAAUUUUCCAAAGACAAAUUCUGUUCUAUUUUUGGAAACGUAGGCUGAUAUUUUUUCGUCUAAAUAGGAAAUCUGCAAGUUUUCUAGAAUGAGCUCUGAGGGGGAACAUCAAUCCUUACCACCACAGCCAAUUCAAAUUGAAAAGAAAUCUCAGAUGUCAAAAAUUUCGUAUACAAGAGAUUUUUUGUUAUCUUUAAGUGAGUUGGAUAUUUGCAAAAAGUUACCCAGUGGUUUUGACUCAUCUAUUUUAAGGUAUGUGGUGCUAUACUUCACCUCACACAAAAUUGCUUCCCCCCCAUGCGAAUUUGAGGAUGCACCUCAUAGUGUACUGGAGCGACAAAGAAUUCCUGGAAGCUUUCCUUUGCAAAGUUUCAGGCGUGGUGAAUAUGGGUCCUCCCCACCUUCCAGAGGGGAUUCUACUAGUUAUUCUCGAGGAAGCCAUGGAAGAUGGGACACCCGUUCUUCAGGGUCAAAUGAUAAAGAUGGUGAUUCACAAUCAGAUAGGGAUUCAGAUUCUGGAAGACGUUAUGUGGCCCAGUCUCGACGUUCUUGGCAAAAUAAUGAGCAUGAUGGGCUUCUGGGGAGUGGUGCAUUUCCAAGACCAUCUGGAUAUACUUCUGGACCUUCAGGUCCAAAGGUUCGAGGAAAUGCUCAUUACCAACUUAACAAGAGUAGCGAACCAUAUCAUCCCCCACGUCCUUAUAAGGCAGUUCCACAUUCACGAAAGGACAUAACUGACUCAUUUAAUGAUGAAACAUUUGGUUCUACUGAAUGUUCAAGUCAGGAUAGAGCAGAAGAAGAAAGGAGAAGAAGAGCUUCCUUUGAGUUGAUGAGGAAGGAACAACAAAAAGCACUUCAAGAGAAGCAGAAACAGGUCACCGACAGGCAUAAAGAAAAUCUUGAUCCUGAUAUUGCUGCACUCUUGGAGGAUUCUGAAGAUAAUAAAGGGGUAUGGAACAAAAAAAAUGGAUCAGAAGAGUUGGUUGUACUGCUAGCUUCUGAAAGUGAUUCUGUCCGGUCUUCUUUUGCUACACAAACUCCAGCAAGCAGACCUCUUGUACCCCCAGGUUUUACGAGCACAAUCCUUGAGAAGAAUCUUGGAACAAAGUUGAUCACUCCCCCUACACCAGAGGUUGAGAAUGUUGCAUUUGAGGGUAACAUUAUUCACAGCAGUAAUCUCCUGGCAAAUGGGGAUUCUGAAAAACUAAAGGAGAAAAAAUCAUUGAAGCAUAUGGAUUCCAGUGAGCAGGAGCCUGAGAGUAAAACUAUUCAAGUUCCUUUUAUGGAGGAGAGUGAAGAAAUUGUGAUCCCUUUGUCAUCUCAAGAAGUUUCUGGCAGUUCAUUUGGAGCUACUAACCCAUCAUGUAAAACUUCUAAUCUAUCAGAAGUGUGUGAAAGGAAGAUGGAUGGUGAAGUUGCAGAUGUUGAUGCUGAGAAAGUUACGGGGCAUGAUGUUUCAGGCACAACUGGUCAAGAUAAUUCAACAUCUAUCCUAGAUAAGCUGUUCGGCAGUGCUCUGACUGUAAAUAGUGGUGUCUCCUCAAGCUUGAUUGAGCAAAAUGAUAUGAAAGCGGAUGACACAUGGAACCCAAUAUCCUUCCAAUCUUCGAAAUUUGCUCAUUGGUUUCUUGAAGAAGAAAAGAAACCAGUAGAUGAUCUUUCAUCUGGAAAACCUAGAGACCUACUUUCAUUGAUUGUUAACAGUGAGAAAGAUGGACAAAAGCUGUCUGAAGUGUCUGAUGAGAAAGCCACUGAACAUGCCUUCCCACUCUUCCCUGUUGAAAGCAAUGAACUGACCCAUGGGUUUAUUACAUCUACUGCAACUUCUGCCACAGUUGGAACCUCUGAAGCAUACCAUUAUAAUAAACCAGCUGCCACACCAGGAGUACUUACAUGUGAGGACCUUGAACAGUCUAUCCUAUCAGAGAUUAAUGAAACCAGUCCAAGUCUGCAGCAUCCAGCUCAAUCCUGGAAUGUUUUGGAUGAAAAAGCUGAACAGCCAAGAGCUGAUGUGGAUGACCGUGCAUCUCAGCACCUUCUUUCUUUGUUACAAAAGGGAGCAAGUCAGAAAGAUCCAGCACCAUCCCCUAAUCUAGAUAUAGGAUUAUUUGACAAACCCAGUGCAUAUGGAAGUGUAAACCCUCUAAUUAACAGUUCAAGCGAGGACAAUGUUGACAAAAUGCAGAGCUCUGAAAAGACAUUGACUCUUGAGACACUAUUUGGCACUGCCUUCAUGAAGGAGCUGCACUCAGUGGAAGCACCAGUCUCUGUGCAAAGAGGCUCACUUGGUGGAGCCACAAGAAGUGAUUUUCAAGAAUCUCAAGCACUGCCAUUUCCAGUUACUGAUGAUGGUUUCUUUUCUUCCAAAGUUGAUGAAUAUGGAUCCAAGACUGCUUAUGAAGGUAAUGUUUUGGCAUCAAACCAUAUACUGCCAACCAAGUCUGACAAGAUUGGGGGGCAUUGGUUACGCUCUGAUGAUCAUCAAAUGCAAGUGAGGUCAAAAAUCAAUGCAGUUGGUGGAUUUGAAGAUAAAGCUGAUGGUGUGAUGGAUAUUAAGUUGCCUGAAGAAGAGAGCUUGAUUACAGUUGGUGAUCCAAUUAACCCCUCAAACUCCACUUUUAUUCCUGCUUUCCAAUCCACUAAACCUGAGUUGCUCUCAUCCUCAAGUACGCCAUUUGACAUUGCUGAGAAACUUGCAGCUCUAAAUACUGUUGCCAAAGAUGAAAGGUCAAUGGUUCCGGGUUUGGAAGGCCCAUCUUUUCUCUGUGGUCCUUAUGAACCGGUGGAAUCUGAUAUUCCAUAUCCAAAUUUGCAUGGCCAGCCAUCUUCUCCACAGUUUAAUCCUCAGAUGACUCAUGGAAGACCUUUAUUCCAUUCAUUAGAGUCUCAUGGUCACAUGAAUCCUCAAGUCAAGUUCAUGGGUCCAGAGAGCAUCAUUCAUCACGAACCCCCAUCUCAUCAUUUCCCCACAAAUAUAUUUCAUGCACCACCUUUUCAACAUGCUCCUCCUGGGCCAACAAGGCUUGAUCCUUCUACUCAUCAUGCAAUGUUGCAACAGAUGCACAUGCCAGGAAAUUUUCCACCCCCUCACCUAUUGCAUGGACUACCAAGAGGUGCACCAAUGCCUCAACACAUCAAUCAAAUGGCUGGUUACAUGCCAGAGUUGAAUCCAAUGCAGGGUUUUCCAUUGAGUCACCGGCAACACUAUGGUGGCAUUGGAAUGCCAAUUCCAGCUUCUGGUGGAGUUGGUGAAGGAAAUCAUCCAGAGGCAUUUGAAAGGUUGAUUGAGAUGGAAUUGAGGGCAAACGCAAAACAGAUGAAUCCCAUAUCUACUGCAGGCCAUAAUCUGGGGAUGUACAAUCAUGAGCUUGACAUGGGCUUCCGUUUUCGGUAGUAGAUCAAGAUGGUGUAGUGCUUCUGAUAUAUCCCAUGUAUGGACUUCAUUUUAUUGCAGUGACCGGGGUCAUUAUUUGCUUGUUGCUGGGAAAGGAUUUUGUAAGGUGGUGUAUUAUAAGAAUUUCAUUUGUCAUUGGCAUGUGGUUGAGAUUUUGGGUA